ACCUUAAAUACCUCUCUUGCAGUAAACUUGUCUUUGAAAGUAACCAGAUAUCAAAGAUAUCAAUACAUUUUAUAAAUAACGAAACACUAUAUUCGAAAAGCAUAUACGACAGACUGGCCUAGGAAGGAUAUCAGAUUUUUUAAGCAUUUACACAGCCAGCCAAUGUGGCCAUAGAUGCCCAGAGAAGAGCAGACCGUCAGGAAGUUUGCCCAGAGUUCUAAGGAUGGGGCUGUUUGACAGCGCCGUGCCCUUCAAAGGCCAAGUGUACAAAGACUUGAAGAACAAAUCAAUAAAGUCUGGAGCCCUUUUUAAGGACCCUGAAUUCCCACCGACUGGUUCGUCCAUAUACUUCAGUAAACCAACGCCUACGGAUAUCGUAUGGAAACGACCUGGGGAGUUAGUAUCCGACCCGAAGUUUUUCGUGGAUGGCGUGAGCUCUGACGAUUUCGCUCAGGGUUCCAUAGGUAACUGCUGGUUCGUGGCCGCCUGCGCAUGUCUGACCGAGGACACCAAACUGUGGAAGAAGCUAGUGCCAGACUAUAAAGAACAGGAGUGGAACGAAAAGAACAAGUACGCGGGGAUAUUCCACUUCAAGUUCUGGCGCUGCGGGACUUGGGUCGACGUUGUCAUUGACGACUACCUGCCUACACGUGGUGGACAGCUAGUUUAUGUGCAUUCGAAAACGCGUAACGAAUUCUGGUCAGCUCUCCUGGAAAAGGCAUAUGCAAAACUGUCUGGAAGUUAUGAAGCCUUAGAUGGGGGGCACGGGAAAGAUGCCCUUGUCGAUAUGACCGGUGGUGUUGGAGAAUCUCUUAAACUGGGCGACUACAGCAAGCCUGAGCAGAGAAAAGAAUUGUUCCGCAUUCUCCGUACUUCAAAGGAGAAACGUGCUUUAAUGAGCGCUUCAAUAAGUGCAGAGGAGCAAAAGGCAGAGGAGGAGCUAUCUUGCGGCUUGGUUAUAGGCCACGCCUACAGCGUCACAGCGGUCAGAGAAAUCAAACUGGGCAAAGGACUUUUUGCCAUCUUCUCUCGCGAGACUCUAGAGAUGGUGCGAUGUAGGAAUCCAUGGGGCGGGACUGAGUGGAAAGGGGCGUGGAGUGAUGGAUCUAAGGAAUGGAACAAUGUUAGCGACGGUAGAAAGAAGGAACUGGGACUGACGUUCGAUGACAACGGUGAAUUCUGGAUGUCCUUUGAAGAUUUUUGCCAGUACUUCACCAAAAUGGACAUCUGCCACAUGUUUAACACCUCGUUUUUCUCGCUGCAAAAGACCUGGCGUGAGGACAAGGCCAUAGGUCAGUGGUUGAACCCUGGCAGGUGCGGAGGGUGUGGAAAUCACGAUACCUUCCUCCAAAACCCUCAGUACAUCUUCGACAUUGUACAAAAUGAGGAUGAAGUGAUGAUAUCUCUUGAACAGAAGGACAAACGUAUGGAGAAGAGCUCCGAUAACUUCACCAUCGGAUUCACUGUCUUAAAGACCGAUUUAAACAGGAGAUACCGGAUACAUGACUUCAUAGAAAAGAUCCCGUCGGGGUCAUUCCAACCCGCCAGAAGUGUUUUCAUCCGUGUCAAGCUCUUUAGGGGCCGCUACUGUAUCAUCCCUUCUACGUUUGACCCAGGCUUUUGCGGUGAAUUUGUCCUGCGGAUGUAUGCGAGCAAUGCCUUGAACUUGGUGGAGUUGAUACACGAAGAGCCUCAGCCGGGUAAGUGUCUGUGCAUCACGAUGAAGAGACCGCAAGUGGCGGCCACACAGAUCACACUUGUGAAAGCGGAAGGUCUCGAGGCACAGGACAGGGGGAAAACUGCUGACCCUUACUGCAUCAUAAAAUGUGAAGGCCAAGCUAUAAAGACUCAUUACACAGAGAAAACACUGAAUCCAAAUUGGAAUGAAAGAGCCACGUGUUACAGAAAAGAUCCAUACAAAGAUAUCACUAUAGAGAUCUGGAACCACAACAUUCUCAAGGAUCAGCUGAUGGGCAUAGCAACAGUCCCCAUGAACAAGCCCCAGCAGUACACGGGUAGCAUGGGCGAGUACAAGCUAUAUGUAAAGGGAAAGGAAGGGCCCGUUAAGAAGCCUGGGACACUCUGGCUCAAGGUGUUACAUACCGAUGAUAUGGCAGCAGUGUAGGAGUACCGUAUCGACAAAUGCCUACGUCUGAUAUGCCAUUAUUUAAUUUUUAAUGGCGUAUACGUGGUUAAUUAUUUGUCUUAAAGCAGUAAAAUGUUAUUUGUUUGAUGAGCGAAUGCAAAGGCGGAUUUAGACGAAGGUGGAGACGUCGUACGUCUCCGGCGUUCGACUUUUUGUCAAUCACGCUAUUUUUAAAAAAUGAAGAUAUGUGGUGUGGUGUAUAUUAAAUAUAUAUAUAUUUAAAGCACGAUUUUCAGAAUAUCAGAACUCAUUUAAAUAAACAAUGUUUAUCACCAGUCACUGGCUUUUAAAUAAGCCGCAUAUACAAACCAUUGUUAUAAAUUAGGGUGUUUAAUGAUGUACUUCAAAUGCACUAAUCCAUGAACAACUUGUGUGUGUGCAUGCCAUCACAUGGUUUGAUAAUACUACUUAGACGUUAAUGUUAUAUUUAAUUCACUUAACAUUCUUAAUUAAAUCCUUAAUGAACGGAAUGAUUAUGUAUGGUACAUUUAUGUAUCAUAUAAAAGUAUCUCUUUAUAAACAUAUGUGUGAUUUUAAGGCUCGAAAAUAUUGUACAGUAACACUAAAAGUAAUAAACACAUAUGCCAUUAGAUGCAGGAGAGUGUACACGUACACUGUAUAUAAGUUUGAUUUCUACAAAUGUUUUUGUACAUCGGUUAACCCGGUUACAUUUAUGGUAUUAUAUAUGAGCAUUAUGUAUAUUUAUAUUUUUUAUAUAAAUUCGAGACAUUGAAAUCAAAUUUAAAAUAAUUUAUACAUAUUCUAUUAAAAUUGAACCAGUUUGAUAUUAAACAAACUCACUUUGUCUGAAAUGUAUUACACGUCGUUAGACCUGAUGUCCUUAAACUGUUGCUUUCGAAACCCUAGUUGUAGAUUAUAACGAAAAUCUCAAUAUAUCCAUUAAAAGUUUAACCGUUGUGUUUAUUCAUUGUCACGCAAAUUUAGUAAACACUGCGAACUACCGUGGCGGCCAUAGUCUUGAUGUGAACUGUGAACAGUAAAGGCAAUACUUUGAAUUUCGUAAAGGGCGUAACACAGUAGUUCCAAUUAUUAUUUUAACAUUUUCUUGUUCCGAAAUACUUCAAAGAUACAUUAUACUGUUUGUCAUAUACGUGGACAUGAUGAAAUAUUUUGAUUCUAUUCAUAGAAAUGCACUUUGGUUAACAAUGUUUUAAACUGGUAUCGAUGGAAAACACAGAAUUGUUUACGAUAUUACCAAAAAGGUUAAUUCUAGUGUUAAGGUAUGCUCCUCUUAUCCUGAAUAGUUCAAUUACGCUGUUGGUUCACGACACGGGGAUGAUAUGUCAUCUUUAUUGUUUUUAUUAUUUGUUAAAGAUUUAGAGCUGCAUUUGCAGUGUAACAUUGGUGAAGGCCUACGUAUGGAUGAUCUAACUUGGAUUUUGUUGUUGUUUGCUGGUGAUAUGGCUAUUGUAGGUAAAAUUCCUUCCGAAACUCAUCAACAUUUUGAUCUCUUAUUUUCGUAUUGUUGUUCAUGCGGUCUAACUGUAAAUACAUCAAACUGGAAAAUAAUGGUUUUCCGAAAUUGUGUGGCGUUAAUUGCGAACACAAAUUAGCCCUCCAAUAGAAGUAGUCGAUGAUUUUAAGUGUAUAUGUACUGUUUUCAAUUAUACUUGGAAAUUUUGUAAAAACAUUAAACAUCUCAAUGGAAAGGCGUUAAAACUCUGAAUGCUCUACUUGCAAAUGCUAACUAUUCAUGCGAAGUUUGGGGUUAUACCGAAUAAAAGGAACUAUACAGAAUUCACCUGACAUUUCGUAAAAUAUUACUGAGUGUAAGAAGCAAUACGUGUUCUGCUGCAGUUUAUGAACUGGGAAAAUAUCAAUUUUAAAUGCCCAAAUACAUUCGAGUAAUAAAUCAUUGGUUUAAAAUUAAAAACAGUCACUGUGAUAAUAUCAAAUUAAGGAUUGUUUAUAGUAAGGCUCUUAAAGACUGCAUUAAUGGUAGGAUAAAUUGGAUAACAUAACCAAAAUAUCUUCUACAUGAUUACGAGUUCGCGUACGUGUUUAACCCAUUUUUAUGCCCAGCAUCUAGAAAAACGGCAUUGGCAAACAGCGUAGACUCAGAUGAGACGCCGCAUGAUGCGGCGUCUCAUCAUGGUCUGCGCUGUUUGCGUAAAGGAAAUUCUAUAAGAAAUUUUCUAAAUAUAGAAAUACAUAUACUAGACAUCCCCAAUUUUGGAAAUAAAUUGAUCCAAUUUAGAAGGAUGGGAUUGUCCACUAGGCAUAUUUAUUUUAUACAACUUAAAUUAGUUUUGUAUCUUCCUUCAGAUGUCAGACAGACUUGUCUGAUUGUUACAUUUGCUGCCAUAUAUUCUCUAUGCAAAAUUUGUGUGCUAUUUCCUACUAUUUUUUAUUACGCAAAAAACCCACGUGGUAUGCGUGCGAUAAUCAAUUUUCGAUUUUAGUUUAUUGCCAUAAAUAUUUUAAGCAUGAUAGUCUCCCUGUCACAUGAAUAUUUUGUAAUGAUGCGAUUAUUUUCCCAAAACAACUGUCAUGUAUGACGUUAUAUUGUAUUACAUUAUAUUGUAUGUGCACUACCUAUUACUGUAUGAUCACGUCACCUCUCUACACGUGGAUUAUUACAUGCUGAUGGUGUACUAUGUGCAAGUCGUAAUACAUUUCUAUUCGUGUAA